AUGGCCUGUGGUUCGAACCCAACCUCUGCAUCUCGACUUCCCCUGUCUAGCUUUGAGCAACUUGGCAGAAUCCUAACCUUCGUGCUUCCUUCUGGUGGUGUGGCAGUUAGGCACCGAAAGGGUGCUACAGCUGAACGGGUACCUACUACUUGUGUAAAUAAUUCCAUCAGUACUAAUAGAGGUGAAAAACAAUUUCAAGACAAAAUCCAAGUAGCAAACCAUCGGCUUAAAACUUUUUCGAAGCUUCGGUCUCCAAAGGAGACACAGGCACUCACGGAUCGGAAGCCUUCAAAACGAACAAUACCAAACCGUACGGUUUACUUUUACACUUUACCUGAGUGGGAAGACCUCAAGGAAGAAGACAAGGGACAGCAGAUGGUGAUCGGCUAUAUUGCAGGUAAACCAAUGGAAGAAAGAGCGCUGCGGCUCAGUUGGCUAGACAGAGAGAAAAUGAAAUCUCAACCGGAGCCCUCUCGAGCUCAGAGCGCGCAUAUAGUCAUUAACUGUAGUGGGCAUUGUGAUCAAAUGACAGAAAAGGCUGCCAGUCACAGUUAUUGGUUUUGUCAGGAGAUUUUUGGACAUUUUAAUGAGGACUUCGUCCUUUAA